CUAACAAGCUCCCUUUCGACCAAUAAAUCCACGACGCAACACUGCCGCUAGACAGUCACAGCGUGCAGGUGCCACCGCGGUUUUGAAGCUCACGCAAUGGAGGGCAGCAAAGGAGGCCAAGGCGCCGGGAGCAGCCGCGGCGAGGACGCAGGAGGCGCCGGGCGGGCUCAGCUGGCGGCGGUGGUUCAACAGGUGGCGGCGGCGCACGUGCGCGACGCGCCGCCGCCACCCGCCGCCACCGCCGCAAUGCAGCAGCUGCAGGAGCAACUGGCGGACCUACAGCGGCGGCUGGCGGCGGCGGCCGCCGCCGCCGCCCCUGCUACAGCCGCCGCCUCAGCAUCACCGCCGCAGCCGGCUACAGCCAAGCCCGUGCCCCCAGUGGCGGCACCGUCAGCAGGGGCCGACCUCGUCACUCCUCUAGCCAAGCCAGGCAGUAGCAACGCCGGGGGCAGCGGCAGUAGCAGUGGCAGUCGUGGCAGUGGCAGCGCGGAUGGCAAGGAGGGCGCACGGCGGUCGUGGGGUGCGUGGAAGACGAAUCGUCGCAUUCAGGAGGCUGAGGCGACUUUGAUAAAGACCGCCGCCAAGACGCCCAGCUUCAUGGCCGCCGCCCCGGCCGUUUCAGCUUCCUCUUCAUCGUCCGCCACCGGCGGCAGCAGCGGCAGCAGCAGCAGCGGCGGCGCCUCGACCCGCGCAGCUACAGCCGCGCCGCCAAGCGGCGCCAGCAGCAGUGGGGGCAGUAGCGCCAGCCGGGCUGGGGGCGGGUCGGGAGGCAGGGGCGGCGGCGCGGAGGACGGGGAGGGCGUGACGGUGGUCAGCCGGCGAGUUGUUGAGACCCCCGAGGCCCGGCAGGAGCGAGUCAAGGAGGCACUGCGCGUGUUCUCUGAGACUGGGGGCGCCAUCGGCGACGACGGCGACGACGGGGACCCCGGAGGGGAGGACCCCGACCCGCUGGGGGAGCUGCUGCCGGGUUACACGGACGCCUCCUCCUCCUCCCCCGCCUCCCGCGCCAAGCCCUGGUGGGCCACCCGCUACCAGGCUCUGUACCUGCCCAACAUCGGCUACCCGGACGGCUCCAUAGGCUUCCUGCAGGUCAACGUGUCGCUGAGCCCUGACCGCCGUGACAUGCGCGUGCUGGCCUUCGCCGACCGCGCAGACGCCACCGCCGCCAUCAGCCUGCUGGCGGCCUGGCCGCAGUACGCAGGCACCGACCCGCGGCUGAGCAUCAUGCCCACAGCCACCAUCAUGCAGCAGCUCAAAGACAUGUACGACGAACAGCCCGGCCUGAACUCGGACGUGAGCCGACCCCGCGGCCUGGCCGUGUUCCGCCGCGGCAAGCUGCCCAUGCGGCCGGGCAUGGGGCCAGACGAGUUCCUGCAGGUGGUUGUGUACCAGUACGCGGCACAGCGGGCACUGGCGAGGACCGGAUACGGCUUCACAGACUGAGGAGCAAGAGUGAGGAACACUGCUGGGCCCGGCUGCGCCGGAUAGAGCGCGGAGGGCUACUGAGCGAAGGGUUGUAGGGAAUAAGCAAGGCGGGUGGAGCCGGGAUGGAGUAGGAGGACAGCGCAAGGAAAGACGUUAGGCGCGGCUGGCUAGAGCUUUGCGUGUCACGCGGGAGUGGGAUUUGCCGAAGGGGUGCUGCCCUGCUUGAGAGUACACCUACUAUCAGAGCCUGGCAGCUUGUACUUGGACGUGCGAAGGGGCGGGGCGGACAAGGCACGCAGGUAUAAAGAAGGCGAAGGUAAGAGGCUGCGAGGGGUAGCGUGUCGGAGUCCGAACCGGGCUACAUCGGACGCGCCCAAUGCAGGUAGGGGGAGGACCCAGUGCCCCGCGGGCGGACGGGGCGGUCACCCACCUGCGGCUGCGGCCACUGUGUCAAGUACUGCAACCGCCUGAAGCGCCAGAGCUCCCCGUGAGAGGAAGGAGGCCGAGAGAAAGAGAGAGAGAGCUAGUCGGACCUUUGAAGUGCUGCGGCGGCAGCGGGCGGCAGCGGGCGGCAGCAGGUGCGGCAGCAAGGGCGGCGGCGGCGGCGGGACGUGGGCGUAGUACUGGUGAAAGUGAUUGACAUUGGGUUGAUGGGGAAAUGGCCAGACUCGGGUUGUGUGAGGAAUGGCAUGCAUGAAGCGGUGAAGGGGUACGUGAGACGUGAGCGUGCGGGUGGUGUAAUCGACAAGACUG